AUGGAGGGGAUUGAAGAACUCAUGGCAUUGGAUGAGGAAGUAGGUGUACAACAGAGCCCAGAUGGGAUUCCUCAUCAAGGGACGGAUAAACUAUCCGGGGCUCAGGUUUUAAGCAAAGCUCAAAGAAUUGUGCUUGAGCUGAAUGUUGAUAAUGCCAAGAGGGUUGUUGCUGACAAUGAAUAUGUCAUGGUCUUGGGGUAUGCACCUUGGUGUAGCAGGAGUGCUGAGCUUAUGCCAAGGUUUGCUGAAGCUGCAACUACUUUAAAGGAAUUGGGAAGUCCAGUUUUGAUGGCAAAGCUUGAUGCUGAAAGGUAUCCUAAAGCUGCUUCUACUCUUGAGAUUAAAGGCAUCCCAACUCUGCUUUUGUUUGUCAAUGGGACCCCUCAAACGUAUUCUGGAGGAUUCACCUCGGAAGACAUUGUAAUCUGGAUAAGGAAGAAGACUGGUGCUCCUAUCAUUCGAGUUAGCUCAGUUGACGAGGCAAAUGAGUUUUUGAAGAAGCACAGCAAAUUUGUGGUUGGGCUAUUUCCAGGAUUUGAGGGAUCUGAGUACGAAGAGUUUGUAAAGGCAGCGGCAUCUGAAAAUGAACUUCAGUUUAUCGAGUCAAGCAGCUUAGAAGUUGUCAAGGUUCUCUUUCCUGAAGCAAAGCAUACCAAAGUGUUCAUUGGUCUAACUAAAAGUGAACCGGAGAGAUACAGUGCAUUUGAUGGCACCUUGACUGCAGAAGAAAUCUUGCAAUUUUUGGGCGAUAACAAAUUUCCUCUGGUCACUGUCCUCACGGAACUCAAUGCUCCCAAAGUUUACUCCGUCACACAGAAACUUCAGGUAUUUGUUUUUGCUGAUGCUGACGACAUGAACAAACUAACGGAAACCUUGCAAGGUGUUGCUAGGAAGUUCAAGUCAAAGAUAAUGUUAGUGCUUGUUGAUAUUAGAGAAGACAACCUUGCGAAGCCCUUUCUCUCAUUGUUUGGUAUAGAGGGAGCAGAUGAUACAAUUGUAACAGCCUUUGACUACCACAACAAUGUCAAAUAUCUGCUCGAAUCAGAUCCUACCCCAGCUAAUAUAGAAGAAUUCUGCUUGGGACUUUCUGAUGGAAAACUGUCUCCGUUCUACAAGUCUCAGCCAGUCCCCAGUGACAAGGGCACUGAUGUUUUGGCAGUUGUGGGUAAGACAUUUGAUGAUUUGGUUCUGAAGAGUCCCAAAAACAUUCUUUUAGAGGUAUACACACCAUGGUGCAUGAAUUGUGAUGCAACUACCAAGCAAGUGGAGAAGUUGGCUAAGCAUUUCAAGGGGCUGGAGAACCUAAUAUUUGCAAGAAUUGAUGCAUCAGCUAAUGAGCAUCCAAACCUACAGGUUGAAGAGUAUCCGACCUUAUUAUUCUACACUGCCAAGGAUAAGAAAAACCCGAUCAAAUUUUCCACGAAAUCAAGCUCAAAAGAUAUGGCAGCACUCAUCAACAAAAGUCUAAAAGAACAGGAUGAUGUUACCAAGGAUGAACUGUAG